AUGGUUUCCGUGUUAGUGUUGGGGGGUGGGGGUCGUGAAGAAGCUAUCGCUUGGAAAUUGUCACAAUCAGAAGACGUUGCCAACGUUUUUGUCUGCCCUGGAAAUGGUGGCACGGAGUUGGUGAAAGGAAAGAUCAAACGUCAGUUAGGCCUCGACUUGAAGAAACAUUGCGUCAUUGUUGAGUGGUGUCAGAAAAAUGAUAUAAAAUUAGUUGUGAUUGGUCCAGAAAAUCUGCUUGCAGAUGGUUUGACGGAUGAUCUAACAAAGGCAGGUAUUCCAUGUUUUGGUCCAAGCAAGCAGGCAGCCCAAAUUGAGUCAAGUAAAGAAUUCAUGAAACAUCUCAUGGACAAGCACAAUAUUCCAACAGCCAAGUGGAAAUCUUUUAAUCACUGCCAGGAUGCCAAAGCUUUCAUUAACAAUGCAGACUUUGCAGCCCUGGUGGUGAAGGCGAGUGGGUUGGCAGCCGGGAAGGGGGUGGUGGUGGCCAGGGACAAGGAGGAAGCCUGCAAGGCUGUACAAGAUAUGCUGGAGUGUCUGGCUUUUUGUGAUGGUGAGAGGUUGGUGAGCAUGCCAGCGAGUCAGGAUCACAAGAGGCUGUUGGAGGGGGAUGAGGGACCAAACACUGGAGGGAUGGGGGCCUACUGCCCCGUGACUAAGGUGUCUGAAAGUCAGAUGUUGGAGAUAGAAAAUGAGAUUUUAAAGAAGACAUUGAGGGCAAUGAAAGAUGAAGGACUACCAUUCAAAGGAGUUUUGUAUGCUGGUCUCAUGAUGACCAACAGUGGACCAAAAGUUCUCGAGUUCAACUGCAGAUUCGGUGACCCAGAAACUCAAGUGCUGCUGCCACUCUUGAAAUCAGAUUUGUAUGCCGUAAUGUUGAGUUGUGUUGAAGGCAGGUUGAACUCUGACCUUGUCCAAUUCGAGACCAACAAGUUUGCACUGGGCAUUGUUCUGGCCAGCGAAGGUUAUCCAGGUGACAUUGUGAAAGGUCGUCCAAUCACAAACCUACAUGAAGCUCUUUCCCAAUCUGAUACGAUGAUCUUCCACGCCGGAGUUGAAUUAAAAACAUCAGAAAAAACCUCGCACAUCCCUGACCGCCAUCUCGUGACAUCUGGAGGCAGGGUCAUGACCUUGGUAGCCACUUCCACUUUUUCCCUGAAAGAUGCAGCAGCAAAGGCUUCUAAGAUGGCCGAUGUAGUAGAGUUCGAGGGCAAGCAGUUCAGAAGAGAUAUUGGAUGGAGGUCCAUGGCGGGAAGUGACUGUCAUCUUUUUCCACAUCAACAUCUCUCUCAUCGACAUCAUCAUCAGCAUGGAGAUUGCAGGGAAAUCGUGAAUAGACCUUCCAUGACGUAUGCCAGUUCAGGGGUCAACAUAAUUGAAGGUGACCUUUUCGUUGACAGCAUUAAACCCAUCACCCUUUCCACCAAAAGGUCUGGUUGCAUGAGUAACAUUGGUUCAUUUGGUGCCAUGUUUGACCUGGCCCAAUUAAAAUACAAUGACCCAAUUCUUGUUUCAGGCACUGAUGGAGUUGGCACAAAAUUAAAGAUAGCUCAAGCAGCAAACAAGCACGAUACCAUUGGGAUAGACUUGGUGGCCAUGUGCGUCAAUGAUGUUCUCUGCCAUGGUGCUGAACCAAUUUUCUUUCUUGAUUACUUUUCUUGUGGCAAGUUGGUUAGUGGCAUGGCACAAAACGUCAUCAGAGGCAUCGCAUCUGCGUGUCGUGUUGCUGGCUGUGCGCUUGUUGGGGGAGAGACAGCAGAGAUGCCAGGUAUGUACCACACCGACGAGUAUGAUCUUGCUGGUUUUGCAGUCGGGGUUGUAGAGCGAACCAACCUGCUGCCACUGACAACCAACAACCAGAUCGCAGAAGGUGAUGUACUCAUUGGUUUGUCGUCAUCUGGUCUUCACAGCAAUGGCUACAGUCUGGUGAGGAAGAUUCUGGAAGUGUCUGGAAUCUCCAUGGCGGAUGUGUUGCCGUGUGGAAAGACAACUGUGUGUGACCUCCUGUUAACGCCAACCCACGUUUAUGUGCCCUACUUACUACCCCUUAUGAAACGACAUGGUCUGAUCAAGGGAUGUGCCCACAUAACGGGGGGUGGUCUGCCCGGAAAUGUAUGUCGCAUUCUUCCUGAUGGUCUUCGAGCUAAAAUGGAUGCACUCAAGUGGAAAGUCCCUGUUCUCUUUGAGUGGCUGAGGAAAUUGGGCAACGUAACAGAGGAUGAGAUGCUGGGAACGUUCAAUUGUGGCCUGGGGGUGGUGUUGGUGGUUGGUCGACAGGACGUGCAAGUUGUGGUGGAGGAGAUAAAUGCAAAUAUCAAGGAGGAAUGUAGGAAGAAUUUUGCUGUUGGUGAUGUUGAAGUUUUUAUUGUUGGAACUGUUGAGAAGUGCUCCAAUGUGGCAGACAAGAAAGUCACAGUUGAUAAUUUGCUAGAGUCUCUCCACCAGUCAUGGAAACUCAACAGUCACCAGCUUCCAGAUCGGAACCAUUCAACAUCAUCAUCGUCCGUGGGUAGGAAGAAGGUUGCUGUACUCAUUUCUGGUUCAGGGACCAACCUACAAGCCUUGAUUGACGACAGUUUGAAACAUGACUCCCCAUACUCAAUCACACUUGUUGUAUCUAAUGUUGCUGAUGCAUACGGUCUCCAGAGGGCCCAACAAGCCAGCAUUCAAACAUGUGUGGUCGACCACAAACAGUUCAAAAGUCGGGAGGAGUUUGACAACAGAAUCGACCAACAUCUCAAAUCACAUAAUAUUGAUUUUGUCUGUCUGGCUGGUUUCAUGAGGAUAGUCUCCGAUCAGUUUGUAGAGAAAUGGAGAGGACGCAUGUUGAACAUCCACCCGUCACUGCUGCCCUCAUUCAAAGGCCUUCAUGUCCACAGGCAGGUUCUUCAGGCCGGAGUUCGAGUUUCCGGUUGUACAGUUCAUUUUGUGUCGAACGAGUUAGAUGGGGGUGCCAUACUGACCCAGGCCACAGUUCCCGUCCUGCCAAACGACACCGAGGAUGACCUAUGUGAAAGGGUCAAAACAGCAGAACACAAGGCUUUUCCUGAAGCUCUCAGACUGUUGACCUCUCAAAAGGUCAUGCUGGGUCAAGAUGGCAGGGUCAUCUGGUUAUGAUUGGAUUGCACGUUGCUGUUAUUGUUGUUUUUGUUGUUAUUGUUUUUGUUUCCCACUUAUGUUUGGUUAAGUUUUUUUUGUUUGUUUAUUUUCGUUUUGUAUAAUUUGUUUUAAUUGAGAUGUUGAUAAUUUUAAUUAUUAUAAGAUCUAGCAGGGAAGUUGGUGCUGAUUAUGAAAUUCUUUUGAAUGAUGGUGGAAGAUGAUGCUGAUGAUGAUGAUGUUAUUGACGAUUAUUAUGAUGACGAUGUUUUACAAAAUAACUUUUAUUAUACAAACCAUUUUCUUUUCUCAAUUGCUUAUUACUCAUAGGUUACUUUUGCCAUAUCUGAAUUAUUUAGUUUUUUUACGUUUUUGAACACCUUUUUCGAUAUUUUAUUAAAUGACUAUAACAUCUCAUC